CCAGUGUGCCACCGGACUGACUCUAUCGGGGUCAUCUCAACGUGUUUGCCAAGAGGUUAGUGGUAACGCGGCCCAAUGGACCGGCACCCAACCCACAUGCACAGAUGAUCAUGCACCAACCAUUUCGCACUGCCCAAGCUCUUUGGUCGCCCAACGAACUGAGUACUGGGGAGUGGAAGUCACAUUCUCAAAACCAACGGCUACGGACAAUUUCGACCAGACGCUGCAGACAUGGACAGUUCCUGCGGACCUCACAUCGCCUUACAACUUCACUGCGGAUACUACUUGCGAGUAUCACUUCCGGGACGACGCGGGGAAUGCUGCCUUGUGCACUUUUGAUGUCGAGAUACACGAUACGGUUGUACCCGAGUUUUUAACGUGCCCACCAGACCAAAUUUUGCGGACAAGCUUGGAUAUGACCCCAGUAACCUGGGAUGAACCGACAUAUAGGGAAAUCACCGGGGUUGAGGUGCGACUCGUCUGUAAUUAUGGUUGUAACAGCGUUCUGUUGCCAUGGGGAAUUAACCACGUGAUAUACACCGCUACUAAUAUGAAGAAUGGACUGAGUGGGAUCUGCGACUUCUAUGUCAAUAUCGAACCAAUGCCAUGUCUAAAGCUUCGCACACCCGGUCACGGUGCCAUAUCUUGUGAUACCUGGGCCUACGGUCGAUACUGCAGCAUGUCAUGUAAUGAUAACUAUGACAUCCCUGCUCCUAGUCCAUUCCAACCUGCUACCGAUGUGUUCACAUGCGGCUCAUCUGGACAGUGGAAUCCUACCUCGUAUGUGCCUGACUGCUCACAAAUGCGAGACCCCACUAAGAUCAACCUUCCGACAGACCUGCUCUACUACAGUGGUCAGUGUGGUAGUCCAGCUACCUUGUCCGACAUCGCACAGUCCUUCAUCGAAACUAUCGAGAAGUCCGUCCACAGUGACAUCUGCAAAAUGAAUGAGGACUGUACGGUCGACAACGUCGCCAUCACUUGCGGCUGGCCGACCAGUCGUCGAAGAAAGCGUGCGCUGGUCGGACGACGUCUACGCCACAGUGCCAAAGAAUCGCCUGUAGAAGACAUCGAAAAGACUACUGACGACAUCGAAGAAAGUCUAUUCGAAGGCCUCCAGGAGAUGCACAUCUCGAUGAAGUUAGGUGUCGGUGUAUCUAAAGUCAAUGACGUGAAGGUGGCACAGGAGAAGCUUCAGGAUCUGGCAAGAGAAGUGUUGGACAUCACCGUCUCUGAAGAUAGCGGAAGGUUCAGCUUCUUCAUGAAACCUCAUGCUGAAAGUGAAUAUGCGCCAGACGCCUACUUAUUGAUCAGCGAACACUACAUAGAUUGCCCUGAUGGUUACGUUGCUGGUCGCAAUAACACCAGCUGUGUCGCUUGUACGACUGGUCACUACUACGACACCAUAUCUAGUGCGUGUCACAAAUGCGGUUAUGGACUCUACCAGGACGAGUAUGGUCAGGUGAGCUGCAAGUCAUGUGACACCGGUCAGGCUACGAAACACAAGGGCAGUCCCAGCAAGGCUGAUUGUGAAGAUCAAUGCGAAGCAGGCCAAUUUUCAACAUCCGGUUUAUCUCCUUGUAUCCAAUGCCCCCUGCACACGUUUCAGUCACUGAUUGGACAGACGAUGUGCUUUGAAUGUCCGGAUGGAAGAAAGACAUGGAACAGAGGAGCAUCAGACGUAGAACAAUGUGUCCACAUCUAACACUGAUGAGAAAAGAUGACUCCCAAAAUAGAAUGUUUUCCGUUUUACGAAAGUUGUAUUCUCUUCAGGUUGUAGUCUGAAAGAAACGGCCAAUAUGAAAGCAAGAACUAUUGAUAUACAGUGAUUAUAUCACUUCUACAUAUGGUCACAUUUUAUAAGGCUCAUUAAAGAUUAAAAAGUUUGUUGUUACGAAGGUAUAGGUAUGAAACAUGGCAGGAGUGUGAAGAUUCACCGAUUUCACAAGCAAGUAUUGCUUGUUUAAAUCAUUCUCUGUUGUUUAAUUGUUCCAAUGCUUUACAAGUACGGUCAUUUUCAGACACUUAUUAGUCGAAUGAUUGUUAACGCAAAAUUGUAUUCAAAAGAAAAUUUGACGGGAUAACCCUUUGAACUCUGUUUGCCUUAAACUAUAAAUCUUGAAAGUUGUAAAUGUGACACAAUGCCUUUGUGUUUCUCCAACACGGCAGGAAUAUUUCGUUUAAAAUAUAUAAUGAAUUAAAUUCUACAGUAUAUAUGGGCAUAAUAAACGUGACAGAGAAGAAGAAAUCUCUCGUAAAGUGACGUAUGAAAUAGGUAGAAAAAUACUGAGUUUCAAAUCAUAAUUUUCGUUUAGUUAUAGCAUAGUUAUUUCAUGUAAACAUUACGGUCAGCAGUGUUCCGUUAUUAUUUUCUAUUCUGUGUCUUAUACGAACUUAAUCCAUUGUUUCUGUGCCAAGUAAUGCAUUUAUAUGUAUAUUGUACAUGAUUGAAACGGAAAUAAAUAAAUCUAUUAAUUUAAAUCAGAUCAAGCCUGAUAUGUACAGCCUUGUAUUGUAUCAACGCACGUCCAAGGUAUUUACACCAUAUUACAACAUACCGUAUUUCCUAAUCUAGUGUCUACUUUCAGAUUCAAAGUCAGUUUCGGAUUAAAAAUAACACGUUUCCUUUUUUGUAUCAAAUGAAUAGAAACUCAAUUGAACAAUUACCAAUAUGGAAGAAGGAGCGGGUCCUUAAAACACGAGGGUUGUGAUGGGAUUGUCAUAAUGAAACACACUUGCAUGUACAUGUACAUGUAAAUACAAGUUACAUAAUUAGUAGGUAGUCCUACAAAGCAUUCCUUAAUAUAUAUGCAAUACAGUAAAACCUGCUUCAACAACCACCUUUAUAUGAAGAAAAAAAAAAUCGUUUCUCAUUGAAAUAUAUACUAAGUGAGCCUGUACAUGAAGACCAUCUGCUCAUAAAUACAAUUUUCUUGUCUCCCUUGAACGGUCUUUAUAAUCGGGUUUUACUGUAUAAAUUAAUUAAAAAUACACGAUACUGGCGUUGCGUUAAAAUACACAUGUAGUUCCUUCCUGGAAGAUAUAAACGUAGAGUAUAUAUGGAUGUAUGUAUUUAUGUUUUUUUUAUGCGUUCAUGUAUUCAUAUGUCAAUGUAUUCAGUCAUUUAUUUAUGGAAUCAAUAUUAACAUUUUCAUUAUCAUUAUCAUCAACGCUGUUCUUCCUGAGGGCCCUGCAAUUAUUAUUUCCUUAUAUAGCAAUUGACAAGUACAUUGACAUAUGAAUACAUGAACGAAUACAAAAAAAGCGCAUCAGAUUUUAUGUACCGAGAAGUACUGCUCUCCUUUUGUAUAAAUCGUUAAUUCAACCAAUCUUUGACUCUGGAGAAAUGGCAAUGAAAGCCAGCUAAAUCGUCUCCAAGUUUUACGGAAUAGAGCGUUAAGGUACGUUUUAGAGGUAAAUAAUCGUUUCAAUAGAGCCAUUUUGUAUAACACGCUAAAUGUAGAUCAACUCGAAGAAAGAUGGAAUAAGGAGUCAAUUUUACUUGUAUUCAAAUUAGUUAAUAACAUAGCCCCACCCUCACUAUGCUCACGGAUCCAUCUUAAAUCACACAACUACCUGUUACGUAAUAUCGAUUG